AUGAUUCAUAACAAUAAAUUGUGGUGAGAAAAAAAAGUUGUAAGGUGUCAUAUUUAAACAACUUUUACAUUAACAAGCCGGUCGAAGUGAAGGUCUGAGAUAUACAACAUCAUGUAUCAGUUCUCAACAAUACUGAAUCCUGAUCUUGGUAAAUUAAAUAUGAGAUUUCAAGACCUAAAAAUUGUCUUUGUGAUAAAACAACAAUCUCUGAUCUUUGGUUUGGGACUUUUUUUUUUUACCUCGUAAACAUCUUGUAAAACACUUUAAAACAACUUUUUAAAUGCUUUGUUUUAUUAAAAGAAAAAUCAGAUUCCUCCUCAAAGACCUGUGACUGCCACGGUCUGAUGGGGGAUUAAUUGUCCAGCCAAUCACAUCCUGAUUGUUAAACCACAUCCAGCUGUGGCUCACAUGAAGUGAAUUUCUUUUCAACGUGAACUCCUCCUGAGCUCUCUGAUUCUCAGGUAUUCAUCCUGCUGAACGUGUUCCAGGUGAGGUGCAGCCCUCUGUCAAAUGUAUAGGCGAAAAAAAAAGUAUUUUUUAUGUCACUGGCUUCAUGAGAGACAGAUGAGAAAUCUCUAUCAGUGAAUCAUUGAAUCAACACAGCCUGAGCCAAAAACAGUACGACAGCUACUGAGUGUUCAUACAAGAACAUUUGACCUUGUCUUUUAGUUUUUAUGACAUUUUAAACAUAAUAAUUGAAUCCAUUCAGAUGGACUGAAUGUAAUAUCCAUUUAUCUUUUCUUGUUUGUUUUGUAAAAGACUUUCAGAGUGUCUGUAUGUUUUUUUUUGUCACAAGUAUAAACACAGACAAUUCCCGGAGUAAUAAGACGUCAGAGUAUGUAAAAGGACAUUCUGAGGGCGCUAAACCUGUUGUGUGGGUUCAUUUAACAAGCUAUGAGUAUAUAAACAGGGUAGCAGCUACAAUAAACACUACCAGGUACAAAAACAUUUGGCUCCCUGUCAAAAGAAAAAUCUGACUACAGCACCGUGUCUUUAUGAAGUUGCAGGCAGCAGUAUUUAGCAUGGCAAAAAGAUCAUAAAUAUGGGGUAGCUGAUAGCAAAAGUUGUAGACUCCACCUCUAAACACUCCUUUGCUCGCUACCAAAACUGGUUUUCACUUUUUUUAGUUAAAAAAGUUUGUGAGGAAGUUCACCAGGUAACCAAAAAAAAGCUUAGUUUGAUGAGGAAAAGUCUACUAUACAGCCACAGGAAUCCAGCACACAUAAUUUCCCUGUUUUAAAGGGGAUCACCACAAAAUGUAGAUGUUAUUUCUUUGCAGUAAGACUUCACAAAGGGUGGUUAGCUGGUCCUUUCUUAUCAUUAUAGCUAGGCCAAGCCAUCCACAUGCUAGAUUUACAUAUUACAAACAAAAGUGACACUCAUCUUAAUAUCAAACCUUUAAGAAGCCAGCCUUCGUAUUUCAUUGAAUUGAUUGUAUGAAAUAAAUGAAUACAUUCAUACAUUAACUCCAUUUAUCUUUCUUGAUAAGGAUACAAACCCCUGAAGGAUACCACAAAUUGAGCAGCAGAAAUAAGUAUAAUGAUACAAAUGGUUCUUCCUCAGCCUAAACUACGCGUCUCACAUUACUGCAAUUUAUAGUCAACAUUCCUUCAAUGGCCCGUGUAAGCUUACAGUCUACGUUUAAUCCAAUGUUUUGAGAACAAAUCCAGUUUAGCUUCUCGGGUAUCAGUUUUCAGUAGCACCUGUCAAUUAAAAGCUUUGUCCUGCUGUGUAGUAUGUUUAUAGAGGGAUUUAGGGCAUUGACAAAAUUCCAGUGGCGUGCAAUAUCCUUUAUCUGGAUUGUGCUUUUGUAUAUAUGUGUUAAGUCUUUCAUUACUGAAGACCGCAAUACAGGUGUCAAAUGUCACUUCCUCUCUAAAGGGCUAUAAAGGAGAUAAUGGUGUUUGAUGAUCAGAUAAUUUUUGUAAAGUAACUUAUGUUUGAAAACUGUGAUACUCCAAAAAUAAAUUAGAAGUUAUUGAAUUAACAGAAAGGACUCCGUCACAGUUGACAUUCACAGGUGCAGCUCAAGAAAUUCAAACUUUGGUCCUUAGUUCUGAUAGAAAAGGAACUGGACAGACCUGCAGCAGCAGAGGACCUGACACCCCAAAUCCUUAGACUCUAAAAAAAGCCUCACAUUGGACAUAUGGAUUCAGCACCUCCUAAAUGAUCGUCUCCUGGAUAACUGUCAAGUCAACAGUUUUUCCUCAUAACAGAUCCCUAUUGAUGCAGUCUGAAUAGUGAUUUAUUCAAACCUGUUACGUGCACCUGUGCGAUCAUUUAACCAGUACCUGUGCUCACCUGGAUUAAGAUGCUGAUAUUAGAAUCAAUAAUGAAUCAGAUCAAAACUGCUAUUGUAUUUUAAUUGAGGUCCAAACAUUGACUAAAUGUUACAUGAAUAAGUUUCAUGAAUAUAUAUAAUGUCUUUAUUAUGGAAACCUUUUUGUUCCAUGUCAUUAAACAGGAACAGGAUUUAUCUGGCUAACUUUGCUUUGUAAACCCCCUUCACAAGAUCAUUGGCUGGCUCCAAACACCUGUAUUUUGAUCCCAAUGUCCUAACAAAAGAGACCUGUGGACGGGUUACGUGUCACCCCCAUGACAAUUUAGUGAUGUAUACAAGAAAGCCCCCUCCCUCCUAUUGUUUGUCACCUCCUGCUCUAUAUCACGAACUAGGAACACACUGGGGGACUUUUUCGACCUCUUCUCGCUGGUGGACUUAUUCAGUAGCUGAGGGUGGGUUUGAGUAUUACAUCUUUUAACCUCAUAUAUUUUCAGGCAAAGAUCUCCAGGCCUGGACAGUAAGGUAAGAGCACCUUGAGGAUUCCUCUUGAUGAUUGUUGACAUUGUAGUUGUGUAUAUAUACCAGCUUAACACCACUGAGGUAAAAUAACUGUUUUAACAAUGGGAGGGAUCAUAGUUUACAAAAUGGGAUGUGGCAGGUCAUCAAAGUAAUGCUCUGAAAUAGGUGCAAAGCAGUAAGUCCAACUUGUGAUUAAUAACAGGUCUCCCCCACUUCAAAGAUGCAUCUCUCCUCUCUUGUGCUGUGCCUGUGUUUUGGAGUUCUGGUGAAAUGGGGUAAGUAAAAUCUUUUUUUUUUCUUUUUAAGUGAGAUGGAUGUAAAUGUAGAUGAGCUCUUUCUCUCCCAAACACAAAGUCACACAGGUGGUUUUAAAAUUGCCAAAGCAACUCUAAGACAGUGAAAUAUCUUCGAUCAAACUUCAGCUGGAAGCUUUUGUCCAACACACCAAGAGAAAAUCUCAGAUCAGAUCAGACCUUAAGAUAAACAAAAUAAGUGGCGUAUUGUGGUUUAAAAUCCUACUCAACAUGGCACUCAGUCUUUGUUUUUGGUAUUAUAACUGAACACACAAUUAUGGGCAGCGUUUUGCUGUGAAAGCUGAUCUUUGUGUUUGCUACAUACAUAAAAGUGCUGUUCACUAUUUUCCAGCUGGGCUUCCCUGAAGGUCAAACGAUAAAUCUGAGAGCUUUAAACAUGACAAGUGUCAGUUAAAAAUUCAUUUUCUAACAUUACACCUCCUGAAUUUUUCCAUAAUGUUACAUAGUGUUAUAUUUUUACAUCUGAAAAUUUUUUUUACUUGCUAAUUAUCAAGGAAUUUUCAUUUCAUUUCUAACAAAGCUGUGCUUGUUAGUUAAAGGCACUAUGAGGAGUCUUUUAACAGAGUUUGAAAGUAGUUGAUUCCUACACUAAUGCGUCUUCAUGACUUGGGUGUCUGUCAGCUGUCAGCUGUUUUAGGACCAAAAAAGUGCAGUUUGGUUUGCCGAGUCAUGUCAGUGGAGCAGACAGUUAAGUUGUCUAGUAGUCAAAGAUGACAGGUUGACCAACUCCCAUCUGUCUGCUGCAGACAAGUUCCUGUCAAAUAAAACUUUUCAAAGCUACUGUGAGGAGUUUGUGAUCAGCUAUGAAAGAGACUGAAAUGAAGCGAGAUACGUCUCCACUGCCAAAAUCAACAGAGUUAAAAGGUUCCUCAAAGGCAGCAAGAAGCCCUAGAAAAGCUGGACGCCUAUCAGUUAAAGCUAACAUAAGCUUGAGAUACACAGCAUCUGACAGAAGUAACCUGCGCUGACAAACAGAAUAAAUCCCGCUCAUUCAGACCAGCCCUUUUCUUCAAUUCUUUUCCUUUGAUUAUUAUCUUCAAUCUUGGGCAAAACCAUGUUACACUCGUCUUCUACUGGAGGCUGCCACAACAAGUUUUUGUGCUUUACAUUACGGAAGCAUGAUCAUCAGCUGCAGGGGCGUAGUGAGUAGAUGGAAAAGAAAGAAGACUCCACAGUCACACGGUGUAGUCUUUCAGCUGCUGUCAUCUACAGAGUCAUUUCAGUAGUCUGACUUUUGACAAAACUUCUGUUACUGCACUAUAUGAUGAAAGCUGUCAAAAAACUAUUCUGAAAACGGCAAAGCUCCCACCAUGCUGAGAAGAUGUGCGUAAACUAACACUACUAUUUGCCAUACCUUUUCGGCUCAACGCUGAUCGUAUGUGCCAUAAAUCACUCUUUUCUUCUUGUGACUAAAACAUACUCUAUAGAUUGAAUGUCUUCACUCACUUAACUAAUAAUAGUCCUUGCAAAGUUCAUAGUUUUAUUUCAUAGAGUAUCACUUGACUGUUUCUGUUCCAGCUGCUGGCAGUGAUUGGUGCUACACUGGCUGUGGUGAGUAAAGACGCCAUUUUCGAAUCAAACCAGUAGUAGUCUACUUUAGUUUACAAGUGUGAAGAGCAUUUCCAACUUUUACAGAGCACACUCCCAGUCAUUGGCAAGAAAUGCCUGGAACUUCCUGUGGAGGAAAGAGGCAGUCUCCUAUCGAUAUCGACACGCACCGUGUCAAGACCGACCCCGCACUGCUUGACUUCACUUUAGCCAACUUCUCCUCGCAGCAUGCCAUCAAAUCCAUCAAGAUUACAGGACACACAGGUGAAGAAACUGAGACCUUUUGUUUUUUUUUCCCCUCUUCUUAAUGUUUUUAAUGUUUGUGACUGAAGGCCUAAAAUAGCGCUGGACUCUUCUGUCCUCCUCGCACACAGUGAAAUGUAUUUUAGAGGAAAAUGAAGUGAAAGUGAGCGGAGGCAACCUUAGUGGAUCAUACUCUACGAUUCAGUUUCACCUUCACUGGGGUGAUACAGAACAUCAUCUAGGUUCAGAGCACUCGAUUGAUGGGCACAAGUAUCCAAUGGAGGUAAAGCAUUAAUCUACAUUGAUUCUUUAGGUAAUGUGCCACUCCUCUUUACAAUCUUAUACCUCCAUGUUUCAUGUUUUCACUUCAUGCAAUCUCUUGUAGAUGCACAUCGUCAGUUUGAAGGAAGGAGUGGAGAAGCCCACAGAGGAUUCCCAGGGGAUUGCUGUUCUUGGGUUUUUUAUAAAUGUAUGUCCCCAAUUUUAAAAAGCACUAUUGAAAAGAAGGUACAGUGACUUCUAACUUCUUGUUAAAAAGGUUGAUAUAGUCUAAGACAUUGCUACAACUUGCUAUCUUUGAAUACCUGAAUAUGUACUAGUGGAGGUUUGUUCAAUGGAGGACUUCUACAUUCUGCCUAUCGGAACAAUAUAUCUAUACAUUAAUUUUAGGUGGGUCUAUGUCUUGCGCAUAAAAAAAAGUCAAAGGUUAAACAGAAAAUGUUAGGAUUAAAAUAAUCAAACUAUGAGACCAUUAUGGAAUAAUUUCAUGCAUCUUUUUACUAUGUUUCAACUGUAAAGAGUUGCAAAAUCGGUAGCCAAAUCUGUAAAUUUUCAAUCUAAUGAAUAAUGUGAGCAAUGACAGAUGUAAGCAAGAUAUUUUAUUUUGGUGGCCUGUUUUUCCAUAACUCAUAUCAAAGAUAUGGCUCAAUUUUCAGUCGACUAGAUAGAAAUUUGAGAAGUCAACUUUGUGCACUUAUCAAGACUUUUAGACACUGACAUUACAUGUGAAUUAUCAGAAACAUCAGGACAUGGGCAACACCUUCAAGUAACAACAGUACAAUAUCAGCCCAAAACGAGGGAAAAGGUGCCUUGUGUUAACAGAACAACUGUAUGUUUCCUCCCUUUAGGCAACUGAGGAUGGGAACAUGACAGGGUCAUGGGGCAGUCUCACAUCUUACCUGACAGAAGAUACAGGUACAUGCUUGACAUUUCUCAAAAAGAAACAAGGAUCACAUCUGAAUCAAAAUAAGGGCUAAAUAUUUUACCAGCAACAUGGGUGCCCAUGGACACACCUGAGACUCGUGAGUCCAUGUAUGACAAGACAAAAAAAACAGUCACACUUAGAUUUGCAUAAUUGCAAUGUAAAAACAAGUCACUCUGCUGCUCAGACAAGUUUUCCUUUAUGUUCUACGGUUGGUAAUCAUGAUCAUUCAUUAAAAAGGCUUAGUUAUGAUCAUUUAUUAAAGACCGGUUGGAUCAGGUAAGGCUGGUUGUUGUAGAUGAUGUUGUGACCCCUGAAUGUGCCUUUUUUUUUGUCUCUGACAUCUCUUCACAGAAAUAGGCACAGAGGUAGAUUUUAACCACAAUGUCUCUCUUGCUGACCUGAUUGGGAGUGUAAACCUCACAAAGUUCUACCGCUACAUGGGCUCCCUGACCACACCCAACUGCAGCGAAGCAGUGGUUUGGACAGUCUUUCAAGAGCCGAUCAACGUCAACAAAAAACUGGUGAGUUUUCUUUGCAGGGUUAGAAGAAUAAAGAGCAAGUCGUAAACUAAGGUCUUGUUAUGAUAGUAAGAGAGGCCAAAAGCAAUCUUACAAUCCUACCAGCUUUAUUGGUGAAUGUCACCUGCUCCUUCAAACACGUCAAAGAUCUACCAUUGUGUUUACACACAAAAAGGCCAUAGACAUAAAAUAUCAAUGUGUUCCAAUAAAAGGUGAGCAAAUAAAAAAACAGGGAGCUUAAAGAUGGUAAUGAAAAACACUUUGACUGUACCCUUACUUGCAAUCUCAUUCAGCUUCAUGUACUUAUACAUGUCAAAUAAUAAUUACCCAGAGUGCCACUGGCCUGGUAGGUUAAGUGCACACCCUAUGUCCUAGUCACAGGAGUCUAGUUUUUUUUUCUUUGCUAUUGUCAUUUUCUGCAUGUCUUCACCCACCAUCUAUUCUCCACAUUUCCUAUAUUCCUCCUGCUGUCUUCUCAAAUGGAGGUAAAAACCGCGAAUAAAGUUUGAAAGUCUCCUUGGAGGUUGUUUAAAUGAAAAUCGAUAAAGGAAAAGUCAUGUCAGCUGAAAAUAACAAUUACCUUUGAAUUAUCUCCAUAGGGGAUCAAUAAAGUUCUUAUCUUUUAAUGUAUUGUGCUCCUUUUUCUUUAGACCAAGCAUUAAAGAAAAGAGUUAUAGGUAAAAGCUGCACUCCGGAUGUUAAACCUCCCUUCAAAUUAAUUCAUUUAUGUUUCAUCUUUAGUUAGCAAGCACGUUAAGAUGCUGCUUCAAGCAGCGAUGACCGAAAGGGAUCUUUCAUUUGAUCUGCAUUGUCGUCAAUCAGACUGACAAGAUGAAAUAUUUAAGAUGUUGGCAUUCGACGCUGUGACAUCGUGACAGCGUUAUUAAUGCCUGACUGAAGUCAACAAGUUAUUCAGACUGAGCUGGGUGGGAAAAAAACUUAACAGAAAGAAAACUGCAUGAAGAUAAGAAUGGGAUGAAUGGUUUUCUUAGGGGUGGGGAAAGUUUUAUCUUAAGUGGACUAACAAAUAUUCAGGUAAUAAUAGAAAAAGUCUAAAGCCACCUCUUCCGUUCAAAGUACAAAUUCCUAGAAUAAUGUAAGUUAAUCAGGCUCUUUCGUGUAUAUUUCAAAAAUUUAAAAUAAAAUAAGACUGAACAUGAUCUUAAACUAAUUUAAAAAGGCUUCACUGCCCAGUGUUUCCCCUUAAGGUAGUGCUCACACCAAGCAUGAUUAAAAUCAAUUGGAUAAGUGAAUUACAUGUAAAGUCAAUACAAAGACACGAUUAGACUUGCAUUCUACUAAGACGAAGAAUGACAGUACUCACAAAGUGAGCGGAUCACGUCAUUAAGUUGUGUCGCGUAUAGCACGCUACUCACUUCAAUCGCCUAGUAGUGAGAGUUAAAAAAUCUCGACUUAAGCGAAUGUUCGCACCACAAUAGCCAAUAAGCAUAAAGAUACCCUGGUAACAUUUUUACUUGCAUUUGGUGUAAACAUGACAUUACAGCUCAGUUGCCCUCGUAUACUCUUUUUGGAGUAUUUUAUUGAUGUCAAGUCUGCAUAUAAAAGAGAUAAUCUGAGUUAAAAGUGGACUUGGAGUGGCAAAAUCUUUAAUUUGUCAUAUAUAAAAAUUCUAGUAGUAGGUCUAAAAAAGUAGUCUUUAUUGUGAAAAUGUAUGGUAUGGACUUUAUUGUCAUUGCACUUGUGCACAACAGAAUUGCAUUUAAGGAUGGGGAAAGUACACACAAGAGGGAGGGAGAGGAGGAGGUAAAAAAAAAGAGACUGCUCUCAUUAAUAUGAGUGCAGUGAAAAAAAAUAAAAUAGUUGUACAAAACAACUCGUCAUGUACCAUGACAGUGUUCAAGGAGUAUCUUACUUGACGUCUUCACCAGAAAACCUGAAAGUUUCCAAAAACCUAUAGUGAGUGGAAUUUCAAAGGGGAAAACAGGUAGCUGCUAAUGGAGGGGAACGUCAGCAGACACAGGGGCAGGGACUCACUGGUAGUGUACGUGCAAGCAUCUGCUUUGUCAGACAUGUUUGGUAAGUCAGACUUGUUUUUAUUUUCUGUUUACUGUAACCACUAGAGAAGCGUUACAUGUGAUGGUGGAAGUCAUGUGUGUGUUGAAGGAUGACAAAUAUGGUUUUCCAUUCCAUCUUAUCUGUUUUAACAACCAGCAGAUUGCAAGAUGCACAUGUCUCUGCAUGUGGCCCAGCAGGUGGAUCUGCAGGUGUAUGACUUUUUGACCUCAACUUCAAAUAACCAGUCUGGAAAAUAUUCUAAACAUUUAGAGGUGAAAAGGAUUGAAAAUAGUUGGUUAUGAUUACCUGCUGGCUGCAAAUAAAUUAAAUGAAAUUCACCAACUGUAAAAGCUCAGAAAUGGUUUUACAGAAAGUAUUAAAAAUGUAUCCUUGAUUUUUGCUGAGUGUUUUUAGUCACCAGGAAGGAGAGAUUUACAUCUUCAGUGAGAAAUGCACUAACCUCAUUGCUCAGGUUUUUCAAAAACUUCCAACUAUGUCAAUUAUUGUCUAAUUAGUUUCCCCUGUGGAAAAAAUUUAAGUCCCUUUUCAGCUGGUUGGAACAGUUAAAAGUGCAUGUGACUCAAAACCUGUUGUGACAGUGAGUUCAGACUACAUAUCAAUCCAUCAACUUGGGGAAAAAAAGGCACAGAAUAGAUUUUGUAUGUAUUUUUUUUUUUUUUAAUGAAACAAAUAAAAUGGAAAAAACAAGGUUUUGUGAUAUUUAGAGUUUUGAAUCAAGCACUUGAUGGCUUAAAUUAAAUGUAGAGCUUCUCACUGUGAGCUUUUAAGUCAGUUGAAGAGUUAAAAUGAGGAAAUGUGACAUAACCUAUUUGCAUCAACGGGUUUUAGGAUUCUCUGUUUUGGCUUAAGGAGCAACUUCUCAUUUCUGUUAUCAUUUUUUCAACAGCUAAUGUUACACCAAUGGCUGAUAUUUACUGCUAUUAUUACUUUUCUAACCCCCCAAAAUUGCUGAACUCAAAAGAACUUUUUAUUAAAUGUAGAUGGAAAAAUGUCUCAGUGAAACAGUGCCACAGCAAAAUUACAUAAUUUUGUCUAGCCUUCAAGAUUGGAAGCAAAAAAAUGCAAGGUAAAACUGUGGUAAAUAGACAGUUGUGUUGAAAUUCAUUGAUGGGCACACACUGAAAUCUCUUAAACAUGGUUAUCUUAGCCAUUUGCAUGAAUAAGAACUUUUUAAUGAAUAACUAAUUAAUGAAAGACAAGUAUGUUGGGUUAUGGUUAAGAUUUCAGAACAUGGUUGAUAUUUCUGUCAAAAGCAAUACUAAACUGCAUCAUUCUAUAAACACUGUGACAGGAUCUGUGUUAAAGACUUGCCAGAUGCUUUUUUAGAUUUGACAGGCUGUCAUCAAGGAUGAGAAACACAUGUCAUUUAAAGAAGAUGGCAGUGACUUUGUGUGGGUGUAUGCCAAUGAGAUGCGGGUUGUUUCCAAAUGCCAUUAAUGGGCCUGGUUAUUAACCAAUCUCUUCUUAUGACAACACUUUCUUUCACGUUGCAAGAUCCCAACAUGUCAUCAAAUCAAACAUCUGAAUCUCCUCUCUUCUUUGAUUUUACCAUUCUUGACUGUUGACAUUUGCCACUCUCUCAAGAUGACAGUAAAUAAGUGUGGGCACAACAGUCUUUUAUAGUUGUUUGACCAACAGACUGAUUGCAUUUUAUGACUGCCUGCUGGUCUGGUGUGCUUAUGUGCAUGUGCAAAAUAAUUUUUUCUGAGACUUUUUUUUUUGUUUGUUUGUUUUGGAUGAUGAAAACUUGCCAAAUGGAGGAUCUGUGUUGUCAUGCAGCACAGGAGCUUCUUGUUUUAAAAAGUAAUGGUCAAUUUACCAAAGGGAGGGAUGAACAAGAGGGCAAUGUUGAAUCUGACCACUAGGUACUGUUAAAUAUUUCCAUUUCUACUUACUCUACCUUGAACACAGCACUUUGUGUACAGAAAUGGUGAGUGCAACUUCAUGGGGAAAUUGCCAAAAGAGUGUCUGGUGAGUCAGAGUCAGUGCCAGACCUAGAGCUUAACAAUCCUGAAAAUGCUGUGUCAAUGAGCUCUUUUAUGGGCGUCACUGCCAUCACAUUUUCUCUGCCUCAGGCCAGAGCAGCCUCAGGACAGACGCUGUGUCAGUUGACUAAUUGACUAACAACUCAGUGUUUUUUUUUUUUUUUUUUUUGGGAGGAACAGUCAAACUUAAUAGCUUGUUAGUUUGUGCCAAAUCAGAACUUUUAAGACAGUAUGUCUCAUACACAAACUGACAACUUCUAGUAGCACAAAGUCAAUGAGGAGCAAAGAAUCUGUGUUUCGUUUAGGUUUCGGUGCAGCUUCAGAGUAUUCUGUUUCUACAGCCUAAACCUGUCACACAGAAAAAAAAACAGGCUAUGUUAAUUUUCCUCCUCUAAUUUUUGUGUGUGAACUGAUACCUCUGCCUGAGGGAAGAAAUUCCACAGGUUUGUGGUUUCUUAGCGUCUGUAUGGACCACACCUAUUUGUUUGCAGGUCUUAAUCUAUCCUACUUUAUGUACUUUCUUCCUUCUCAGAUUGAGAAUAUUCCCAGGGUUACGGGGCUCGCCAAUGUUUUUCGGCCAAUCCAAAAACUUAAUGGACGUCAAGUGUUCGCCUCCCCUGCAACUCCUUUACCCCCAAGUGAGUAAGAAAUCAAACCCAUGAGUAUGUUGGUCUAAUUUGUGACUCUGAAUGUCUUAUUUAUCACUAUUCUUCUUUUCUUAGGCCAUUCUUGGUGCUAUGAUGACCACUGUUGUAAGUAUUCGCAAACUUUUGCACACAAAAAAUGACAAGAGUACAGCUGAUGAAGAAAACUAUAAAAACAGAUUUCAAACUUUUCUGAUUGCCCAGAUUAUAGUCCAUCUAAGUGGCAUUUGAUGCAUGAUGCAUACUGCGGUGGUGAGCGACAGUCACCCAUCAACAUUAAGUCGCUUGACGCCAAGGAGGACAUAGAACUCAAAGACUUUAACUUUACCAAGUUUGAAGAAAAACAUGCAAUCAAAUACAUCACUAAUACAGGACAUGCCGGUAGGUUUGCUUUUAUAUGUCUAUGCAUAUUUGUGUUACUACUCAUGGCAGCAAGCAACAAAUGUUCUCUGGCAAGUAAAACUGUAAUUCCUGAUUUAAAUUAAAAUAUUCAAUGUUUUUGCUUUUUGCCACAAAAAGUCAAAGAAUUUGACAUUAAAGAGGUACUUGUAUUCGUAGAAAAGUACGCUAGUUAGCUUAUGCUUUUACAUUCAAAUUGGAUCAGUCUUUUUGUUUUCUUGUUUGGAGUAGUUUGUUUGCUCUUGUCAAUGAAGACUAAAUAAACCAGCUUAAGUUCAUGCCAUGCUGUCUUCAACUUUCAGUGAAGUGUGUUCUGAAGGAAGAUAUGUUGGAGAUCUCAGGAGGAGGUUUGGAGCACUCCUACAGCACCAUUCAGUUCCACUUUCAUUGGGGCUCUAUGUCACAUGACUCUGAGGGCUCUGAGCACACUGUGGACUCGCACAGAUAUCCAAUGGAGGUAUUUAUGAGCGCAAACAUAUUUUUUCAGUAGUUUGGAUUUGGCCUGAGUUUUGUCAAUGUCAUUAAUUGCCUUUUUGUCCAGAUGCACAUUGUGAACAAGAGAAAAGAUCUGAGUCUGGCGGAGGCCGUCAAGACUCCUAAUGGCUUGGCUGUGCUGGGAUUCUUUAUUGAGGUAACAAGAAGUCCAACUUUGCCACAAGUCUUUAGUCAGUAACCUGGUAUAGUUCACUGUUUGGUGCACUUAGAAAGUCAUCCAAACAGUUAAUGCAAAAAAAAAAACUUGCAUACAACACUCAAAAAUGUAUAAGGGCUUAUGUCCACUUAAAAUAAAGACUAGACAUAAAACUAGACAGACUUAACAGUCACUAUUUAGGAAGGAGAAAAGCAAUGUGACAACUUUAGUGACCUUCUAACACUAAUGAGAAAUCAAUGCUUAAUGUUAAAUUUGAUUGACAUGCUUUGAAAACGAGGUAAAAAUGAGGUUGUGGAAACAGCACUACUAAUAGACACAGGCCCUUACCUAUAAAAGCACUUUGGAUCAACAUUUAUUAACAAUGCGGAGCAAAUAAUGGAUUUAUUCAUUAAUAGAAAAAAAGGUGCUUUGAGAUUACUACUUCAUCCAGCUAGUGUGUGAUCUGGCUUAACAUUAACCUACUUUACCAACUAACUAGCAUAUCUAUAAUCAACUGUGUUUCCAGUCAGAGAGGCCAAACAAGUCACCCACAUGAUUUGCUAUUGACAGUUAGCUGUAGGAGUUUCUAUAUGUGCUGCAAGGCUCUGACGUAGUCAUGGUAUGUGCAAGUUCCUCCAGAGGACAAUACACUUGUCACAUUCCUCCAUACACACACUUAACCCACUUUGACCAGACACCCCCUACUGUACUGGGACUUAAAUCAGGACAGGAAGACAACAUGAAAGAGGUCGUAAAAAAGUCAGUCAACUGCUUAACUGAACAGGUGACAUCGAGUACUGCAACAUACAGUGAGAGACAAGCAUUUUACACACUAUACACACUCUCAGGUAUGAAGUUAUCUUUCAGACAAUAAUUACAGCCUCACCUGGCUGGUUAACGAUGGGGUUCAUGUCUAUAGUAAAGUUUGAUUUUGGGAGUAAGAUGAUGGGAGCAUGGUAGUGACAGUACUCCAUUUGUCAUACAAGUUAAUUACAUAGAAACUUUUAGUACUGCAGCAUUUUUAAAGUCAUUGUCACACAGUGGUAAACCUUUUAUGUGGACAUUUAUCCAUAAAUGUAAAUGCACCUCUUGAAUACCAGUUAUGAUCAUCUGAAUCUAAAUUGAGAUCUGAAGAAGCUACUGAUAUUGGUAUGUUAUCAAAAUAAAAGAAAUAAAUGUAGCCGUUUAACGGCUCACCAGAGGCUGUGAGGAUUAGUGAACUGGAUUGAAAGUGGGUUGUAUAAUUAGGGUGACUAUCAAUCGAUUUACCAUUUUCACUGAAGAGUAACUGGACAGAUUACAAGGAAACAUAAACCCUGGUGAAAUCUGGCCAUAUUCCCAGUUGCAACAACAUGAGUCCAUGUGAUGACAUAUUGGUUGUAGGUCUUUACAGCUCAAAAUAUAGCCAGAGGCUAUACAACUGCUUAAAGUUGCUCUUUUAUCCAGGCAAAAUAAGCAAUUGAACAUAACUUAAAAUGAAUUAGUUCUGGUUUAAAGGUUGUACUCUGACUAAAAACUCUUAAAGAUGCUGCCGUAUAAUCUUUUGUGCACCUUCUAAACAUAUUUCCCAGGCUUCAGAUGCAAGUAAAAGCAGCAGUGCACCACACCAUGACGAGGUAAGGGGUCAAGCUUCCCCAAACAGCUGAAUAUUCUUGACCAUCUAAAGUUUUUUCCCAGCUCUCACUGUGUUUUUAUCUUUAGCCAAGUCCAUCAAAACCAACAUCUGACAUGAAGGCCUGGAAGAAGCUUACUAGUUUCCUUCCACAUAUUAAAAACAUCAGUAAGUAUACACGUUUACUCUCAUAAUAACAUCAGGGACAUGAUGGCUUAUGUUGCAUCGUUCUGCUUUCUUUCAGGCUCAACAUAUAAUGUCACAGAGGAGAUCUCCAUUGAUGAUUUGCUUGGUGAUGUAAAUAGAGCGUCUUACUUUCGCUAUAAUGGCUCUCUGACCACUCCAAAUUGUAAUGAAGCUGUGGUUUGGACAAUUUUUAAGGAGUCCAUCAAGGUGGAUAAAGAUCUGGUAUGUGCCUUUUUACCUUGGUGCUGAAUAUAACCAAACAGUCUUUCAAACAACACCUGAAUAGGGUCUCCAGGAGAUCCAGUAAAAUACUGCAUUAUCAUUGGCUUCAUGGUGUGUUUAUACAACAGUUGCAUCAGAAUUUGCAAUCUUCGUUUUUCAUUUCUGGAGAACUGUUUGUUCCAUUGUCGUGCUAUCUCUGACAAUCACAUAUCAAAAGAAUCGUACAAUGUUGUCAGGGUGUCUUACGUUAAAGUUAGUUUGGCAUCUCUGUUAUUUAUACACGUGUGCAGAUGUCUGAAGAUUUUCAAAAUGAAUCUGUCGCUGAGAUUAAAACCUUAACUUUUAAACAGCACAGUUAAACCAUUCAGAACUAAAGAACUUCUAAUUUCCCUUUUUUAUACAAGCACCUCCUUUUGAGUUGACAAAAAGCGAAUGGAAAAACUCAUUGAAUACAUAAGAAAUCUAGACGUCUCUAUUAAUCAAUAAUGUCCUGUACUCCUUAUUAUUCCUCUAAAAUCACCCCAAACACACAAAAAACCCAACUCAGUGAUCAUCUGUCUACUACAAGUCAUUAACCAUUAGGAGAAAAAGUUUUGAGAUACUUGUAAGGUAGAGUUAAACCAUCAGCGGAGAAGAAUGUAAAAGUACAGUCAGACCUUAAGUUGUGGCAAACAGCACAUCAUGUUUGAAGAUAAUCAGUUUUACUAACUUUUAAAGGGGUGGUUUGACUAUUUUAAAGCGGGUUGUAUGAGGUAGUUGUCAAUAGUGUCAAUAGUUGGUGAUGGAAAACACAAACCGUAAACAUGGGUAGACACUGUGGCCUUGUUUGGACAAGAACUGCUCCGUUGAGAAUAGAAAAGUAUCUCAUCUGUGUGUGUGUGAAUAUAAAAGAAAUGCAAUGACUUGGUAGCAUUGUGAAAAUGAUCUCUGUGCAAAUUGAUGCACAAAAACAAGAGAAAACACUGUUUGUGCCGUUCUUUAGAAAUAAAAGUCUGCUGGUGUCUGUUGGUCAGGUGUCACUGACUAUUUAGACACUUAGAAACCUGAAGCAGACAGUCAAUUUAAAGUAAAAACUCAAUAUAUUCCAAUGCUUUACUGCACUUAAUGUUAUAUUUCAAAUUCAGCUGUUUUUUAAGCAGUGAAAUGAGCAGCAGUUUGCACUCAGUUUGACAUCCAAGCACACGCCUUGUGGUGUCCCACCCAGUAGUUUUUAACUAUUGUUUGGCUCAGGGUAAUUGCAUGUUAUAAAAAUAGAUGUAUAUUCACCUGCAGUUCAAGUAAGAACUACACUCAGUUCAAAAUAAAUCUCUUCCAUAGGCUCACAACUCCGGUGACUGUCUAAAUGAGGUUUCACUCUUAAGGGUUGAUCAUUAUAUUUAUGAUAAAACCUAAUAUAAUAACUCAGGAAACCUAUCACUACAACAAGAGGUUAUACAUACAGCAGGUUAGCUGAUGUGAGGAUGCAUUUUUAAUAAGUGAAGACUUCUUCAAAGGUACACUUAUGAGGUCAGAGGAAUGGAUCUAACUUCACUCAGUUUGAAACACAGAAACUAACAUUUUCUUUAAUCCCACCAGAUGAAGAUGUUCCCAACCAAUGCAGGAUACCGCAACGUGUUUCGGCCUGUGCAGCCUCUGCAUGGCAGAACAAUCUUAACCACCACAUCUGCAACCAGUCAUCCUGGUCCCACCAUUUAUAUUCUUCUACUGGCAUGCCUCUGUGCUUUUUUAAAUAAUUUGCAUUUUUAAGAUAAUAGAAACUGAAGCUACGGUGAAGAUCAUACAUUGCACUAACUAAAUGUCUUGCACUUUUGGGAAUUAUGAUUGAUUUUGUGGCUUUAAUUGUAACCCUGACUACUAACUAAAGUAGCUACUGCAGAUAUUAUUGCAGUCUGUUUAUAAGAGUAGUACUCCAUUACUGGGAAAUCACUUGUAACCUUUUAAAAAGUAUAAAAUAAAAAGUUGUAUCAAAUGUGCUCAAAUGCUUGUUUGAAUCUGUUUCACUGCUGGUGAAGUUUUGUUUCAGAGUAGAAACAACUUAGGCAUUUCAUUUUGAUAUUAAUCUUAUGUCGGGUAAAUUAAAGUUAAUAUUUCAAGCAACAGCAUCACUGCUAUCCCUUGUUCAGUGUAAAGUGGUGUGCUUGUUCAUUUCUGUGUAAUGUGCCACUCAAGGUUGAAUAUAUAAGUCUGUAUACGUGUGGCAAUUUUUUCCCCUUCAUUACAUGGGACAGCUGAAGAGGGACAGGAAAUGUUGGAUAGUGGAGAGUGAGGGAAGAUAUUCAGCAUUGUCCUCUAUGUAUGGGUCUGUGCUUAAACCACAAGGUCAGUCAAUGCCUGGGGUAAUACUCCAUUUUGGACAGAAGGCCUUUACACUGAAUACUUUAUCCUUCAUUUUGCUUCAGAACAAACAGGAUUAUCACACCAUUAAAGUGAUCAAACUAUUUGUUAACAUAGCUAAUAAGGCCUUAUAACACUUGAUGACAGAGUUCAACCACCCUGGGCUUUCAGUAACUUCAUGAGAACGUGCACUAAAAUUUAAAUGAGAUAACCCCACCCCUGUUUACUCACAUUGUGAAAGCAUUUAGAGGUUUCACAUGAUUACAGUGUUGGCACAGGAUAAAGAAGCACGUGCAUUUUUUUUUUCAAGGAAAUAAUAACUCAUUUAAUUAGUUUGUGUUUUAACUGACGUCUACCAUGUAAACUAUAACAUGGCCAUCAUAAUUAUGAAUCAUGUCUGCUGAAUGUCCAUCUUGGCGAACAGGUUAGCGUCACGUUGAGCAUACAGUAUUUUUUAUUUUUUUUUGUCUACCUCCUUGCUGACAGCCUUAGUUCCCGAACAGCUGACAAACCUGUUCAUUAGAGAAGGAAAACAGUUUUUUUUUAUUUAUGAAUUUAAGAAACUCACUCAAAAUAAGCUAAUCCAUUCUAAAAAGCUUUGAAAGCUGGUAAAGAUGUCGAAAACAUCACAACCCCCAAGAUCCCUUUAAUAGAGGCAUGUCAAGGGAAUGAAAAACUAAUGUUAAUUGGUAAAUCAACAAAAUAUAUUUCUAAUGAUAUAGGCACUGGAAAUAAAGCGCACUACCAACCAAAUUCUGACUUGAACAAAAGCACAAAAACUUCUUGGUUUGUUUUUUCUAAAGAUUGUGAUUUAAUGAAUUCAAUAUAAAAAGGUACUAUGAGGACUUUUUGAUAUCUAUGAAAAAUAUACGUAUAUACUGAUGCCCUUUUAUGUUAUGUUAAAGCAGACAACACCAUCAGCUUUUAUAUGUAGUCUUUUUAAAUACCCAGAACAGGUGUAAAGCAGCAGGCUAUUGGUGAACAGUUAAAGAAACAACCCUGUUUUUUCAGUUCCAUAUAAAGUAUUAACAAUAAAUGAGACAUUUGACUAUCAGAAGUCAGAGGGAUAAGAUUUAUCUUCAUAAAGGACAAGAAAAGCAAAGACUCCUUUGGCCACAGGGGGUGCCAAAGUUGACAAUCCAAAAGUUCCUCACUGGAUCUUUAAGAUAGGAAGAAUAGUUUAACAAGUUUUUGAAAGCCAAGGGUUCCGACUUUGACCUUUAGACGUCCCCCAAAACAUGCCUUCUCUAUGUGUAUGCUUUUUUUUGUACAAUACUAGUUAACAAAAAAAAAACCCAAAAAAAACCAGACACAUUGUGACUAUGCAAAAGGAUCAACAUUACUGAAAUAGUGAAGAAAAAAUAUUUAAUUCCUUCUAACCAUCCGUGGUGUAAACUAAAAAUCCUUAUUUGAUGGGCCUGUUCAAAAGUUGUGCUAGUUUUUAAGUAGUGAGUGACUAAAAGAAAACAGGCUUACAUCAAUUUAGCCAAUGUCUGACUGGUAAGGAGAGUAGGAAAAUAAAAUACCCAGAGCUCUGUAUAAUGAACAUUACACAGCAUUAGACAAGUUAAAACAUGGAUUUUAUAAUGGCUCUGUGAAUUAUACAUUUGGCAUACAUGUAGUGUAACCCUCUUAAAUAACACUAGUGCUUGAAUAUUGACUCUUUUCGCUCUUUUUUUUUUUUUUUAAUCUGCCUUCCCAGAUUGACCUGAUCCCAAACAGGGUGUCUGCCAGUUGUUUGACACACCCUGCAACUGGCAUCCCAUCAAUGCACCAUCAGGUGUCUCAAACAUUUACAUGUAAUUAAAUUAAAAUGGGAGAAAAAUAACCUGGGGCAAUUUAGUACAUAGACAACUUGAUUGUCCAGCAAUGCAAUGAGGAUCACAGCCUCAGUGCAUUAAACACUUACACUGCAUGAUGGUAUGUGUUAUGUUCUAGAACCUGUCUAGUGACUCGGUUUCUUAGAAUAAGGGCUGUGAGAAGUUCAACUACGGACAGGUUGUGAUGAACAAGGAAUAAAAUCUUGAUAUGUCACCAUCAAUCAAUCAGCACCUUAGUCUUUGACUCUUGAGCAACUAACAAGAGAUUUUUCGUCUUUUAAAAUUGGGCAAAAGCAGACUUAAAAUGUGUAGGACUGUCUUCACACUGAAACACGGCUGAGAAGGAAACAUCCUUUUUAUUAUCACUUAUUGGGAAAUCUUGAACUACGCCGAGCUCACAGACUCACACACUGAAUCCCUGUUGUCAUUCAAGUCACUGCAAAGGCUUUGGGGUUGAGAUUGUGACUGGGCCAGAGAUCAUAGAAACAUUAAUUUAGUUUUUUCUCCGUAAGAUCUAAUGGGUUUAGUACAGUAUUAUGUAAUUCAUUUAUGUUGCUUGGCCUGGACACAAAUAGUUAAGAUGUAGUUUUCUGAUUUAGUCAUUUGUAGGCCAGUUCAUCUUUCCUUACUCCAGGAUACCACACCAAGCUGGAUAGUACAAAUCAGUGAAUUAGUUAUGUAUAAUUUGAUUACAGAGCUUUGGUUACAGAAACUAAAAAUACCAUACAAAUCUUGGUCAGGAGUAAAAUAAAAUCUACAAUGUUUUUGUGAAAAGUUACCCAAAAAAAUCAAAUUAAAUUUGCCAUAAAAUUCCAUUGACUGUCAAUUAGCAUUCAGUCUGAGUCACGCCUAUCUGGCUCUGAUCUGUCUCUGCUCAACCACUUAUCAACCUCCUCAUCCAUCUGUCUGUCUGUCUGACGUGCUCAGGGGAAAAUAAUAGUCACAUGAACAUGCAGCAAUCCGCCCCAGCCCUGAUCUGAGAGCGCUGACAGGUAACAACACCAUGCUACUAUGCAAAUGAGUCACACUAAUACAACUGAGAGGGUGACUGUGGAUUUAAGUUUUUAUUUUUUUUUAAAGAGAUAUUUUUUUUUAAAUAAAAUGUUUACCACAUUUAGCUCAGAACACCAACAAUCCAGUUUACAGGCAGAAACCUCUAGCAGAACCAGGCUUAUUAUAGUGGACUGUUGUCUACCAUGACCAACUGGCAUAAGUAGAGGCACACAGAGACAGAUAUGUGAAAACAGACUCAGAGAUGUGGAAAUUAUUAUUGAGAAUGUGGAGGGAGUGAGUGACAAACUUUAUACCGGUGCAGGAUACAAGUAGUGGUCCAACAGCAUCUCUUUCUUUCCAGCAGGAGUUAAUGAUGUUUGGGAAGGCCAGUCCAGGUAGCCUGGCUGGGCCAUCCUGUUGCGUGAAUCACUUGAUUGCGAAUCAUCAAGUGUGCAAAUCAUCAAGUGAUUCAUGCAACAGGAUGGCCCAGCCAGGCUACAGUCCAGGCAGCUGGGAUUACUAAACCCUGACUGGCUCUCACCAGAUUUGUUGCUCAAUUUGUAAUACUUGAACUGAAAUGGGUUAUUUGCUGCAUUCCCAUGGAGAUUUCUUUAUCAAGACAAAAUCAUCAAAUUACUGUAAGCACCAAAACCCGCUGAUUGGUCAACACUAUUUGUACUAUGAAUUUACAAGAAAUAAAACCAGAGUACUUCCUAUGGUGGAAAUCCAGUCUCCUGAGUACAGGUGAAAUGUAAAAUGUCAGCGGCUACAUGUUUGCAGAAUUGUCCAAAACACAACUCUAAUGAAUGAUUACCUUGCUUUCUUAAUGCUGGGUUCAACUUUCGCAAACUUGGGCACAUAUUCAAGUGAUGUUUUGCUUUCAAAAUAGGUUUUGAGCUGCACCCAAAUGGCCAAAAAUCUGCUAUUUUGGGGUUAAAAUAAAAAUUUGUUAAAAUAUUUUGACAAUCUCUUUUUUUUCAGUUGUGCCCUCUGCUCUGCUCCUGUUGUAGCCUACUUGGACCAAUUGUGUAGCUGAAUAAAUGAAGAGAUCAGGAGCAGGGCUGGUUAUCUGGUCUUAAUCUUUACCUGGCUGCGACUUCAUGCUGAUGUUGCGGUGCACUGGUGAAGAAGGUGAAACAGAGGGUUUUUUUCUACCUGCAGCUGUUCGUCAUGAAUCCGGUUCUCCUGGAAUAACUCCUUUCAAAAAAAAAAAAAAAAAAAAGAAGCAAUCAGAAAAAGUCAUCAGCCCUGAAACAUUCUUGCAGUGAGAUUAAGUCUUUAGAUGUCUGAUAGAGGCGGUUUCGGGGCAGCUGCCGGAGGGGCUGAGCGGAUAAAAGAGGAUGGCUGAGUAUUCACAGGUGUUUGCAGAUCGACAGGAGGGACAGGUGCGUCAAAGGUAAGACAUUACUACUGCUGCAGCAGCUCAGGUUUAGUGGAGACAGCUGCGCUAGAAGGACCUGCUUCCAAGUGUUUUUUAUUUUUAUUUUUUAUCGCAGCUUAUAGGUUUGUUCGUGCAAUUGAAUGCACUAGACAUUUGUCAUUAUUGUGAUUAAAUCAUUAUGCUUCCAGUAUUUUUCUUAAAACUAGUCAGUAACAAGCAAGUUAGUGGCGUUUGGCUUCAUCACUCAAACACGCCCUAAAACGAUGAAAUCAGCCUAAGUUAGCUGACUCUGUUCUAUUUUUGGAUUUGCAUGGAUUUCUCUUGCACCAGACUUGAUGACUUCACUUCAUGCUCGGUUGUGUCGGCGAAUAGCCUACAAUUUCUAAUGACCUGGUGUUAUAUUUCAGAUGAAGUGGCUUGUAGCUGUGUUUGCUGUGUGCACCUUUGCAUACACAGCCCACUGUGCCGCAAACACUGUUGGUAGGUAUUCAAUUUGAAGUGAUUUUCUUUCCCUUUUGAUGUACUUAAACAGUUUAAAUCUGAAUAGUUUCCCUCUUUCUGCUUGUUUCUGCUGUAAGUGAGUAACUGAGCGUUUUUUCCUCCUCCAGCAUGGUGUUAUCACCUCCCAACUUGCAGUGAGUAAUCUUUUAUGUCUUAAUGUCGCAUUGAUAUUGAACAACUUCACCGCUGCUUCUCGUCAACUAAGUCUUUACCUGUUUUGCAGACGACACCACCUGGCCGACCAUUGCUACUCAGUUCUGCAAUGGCACACGACAAUCACCGAUUGACAUCGUCACACAGAACGCGCAGGGGGACGCCAACCUGACUAACUUUGCCUUCACCAACUACGACAACACGGACGGCCUUGUCAAGAUCGAAAACACUGGAAUGACAGGUGUGCACAGAGACCCUCUAAAAUCUAUCCAUAUGCGGCUUUUAGAAAGGCUUUAAAUGUUAAGAGUGGAAAAUAUGUGUAUCAGAGUACUCUUAGUUGUAUUUCAUAUUCCCCACUCAAUUUUUUUAUUGUCCAUCCUUUCCUCCAUCAUCGCAGUCAAAGUUGGCCUCAAGAGUGGUCUACAAGUCUCAGGGGGAAAUCUGCCAGAGACCUUUGACAGCCUGCAGUUCCACUUGCACUGGGGUAAUGGUGUCUCUACCCCUGGCUCUGAGCACACUGUGAACGGCAAACGAUACCCAAUGGAGGUAAGAUGCACCUUCUUUGACUUUUAAUGAACUUUCCAGUUGUGAUUGUUUUAGUGUUCUCAAACAAAAGUAUUUGCUUUCUCUUCGAUGCACCCUCAGCUGCACAUUGUGAACAGCAAGUCAUCUCUCAAUGGAAACACUACUUUGGCUGUUGCAGACUCUGAAGGACUUGCUGCUCUUGGUUUCUUUAUUGAGGUGAGAAGAGAUGCAUUUGAUUAGUUAUGGUUUAUUUUGAAACUUCUUCUGAGAGAAUUAACCCCCAGAACUCAUUAUCAAGACUUUUUUUUCCCCUGAAUCAAAAUCAAAUUCAGUGCAUCAGUAUUAGAGUUAUGAUUCAAGAUGUUGCUGUUUUUUUUAGUGAUGAUUUUGCAAAAGUCAAAGCUAAACUAAAUGAUGUGUAAACCUUGCAGGAAAUGUCAGGCAAUGCAACCAACAUGCCUGCAAGCUGGCACAACUUGACCUCCUACCUGGCCAGCAUCCCCCACCAAGGUAGGGAGAUGCUUCUUUGUGCUUUUUUUUUUUUUUCACUGUUUCAAGACAAACCUGUCAGCUUUUAUUCAAAGAAUUUUUGUUUCCCCCUCAGGUGAUAGUGCCAGUAUAGCUCCUGGCUUUUCACUGAAUGAUCUAAUUGCUGGAGUAGAUACAUCCCAGUACUACAGGUACCUCGGCUCCUUGACCACACCUAACUGCAAUGAGGCCGUGAUUUGGACUGUGUUCAAGGAUACCAUUAAAGUCAGCAGUGAUAUUGUAAGUUUUUUUUGUUUGCUUUGUUUAAAUCCAGACUGGCUGUGCUUUAAUUGCUUCAUGCAGCUCACUGGUUCAUUCUCUCCCCUGCAGAUCAACCUCUUCAGCACAACGGUUCGCAUCGACAACGCAACCUCGCCUUUCAUGGUGAAUGUUUACAGAAACGUCCAGCCAGCACAGCCAGUCACCACCCAGGUUACCACCACCACCACUGCCCCCACCACCACCAGUUCUGCCACCAAAACUUGCUACUCUUUGGGGUUGAUGGCUCUAGGCCUCGCUCUGCGAAGGAAUUAA